ACCAGCCAACGUCUGGCGCCUUCUUCAGCGUCACUCCCGUAGUUCUUGUCACCCCGCUGUAAUGGUCAUCAGAGCCCCCGUAAUCGAUUCUAAUGCGCUUAAUUAGUGGUGCACCAGCGGUCCGAGAAUCAUUUGUGGUGACAUAGUGCAGUAGCCUUUGAUCAAAGUCGUUCUACAGGGUUUUCUUUGAAUCCUGGGGGUUUUGGAGUCUUCUUGAGUUUCGUGUAGGUGUUGUGGAUUUGUAGUGUAGAGGUAUACAGGUUUGAGUUCAUGCAAUUGAGCUGUUGAAGAGUGUUGAAAGCAAGAAGGUUAGUCUUGCUUAUUUGCAUCUGCUUGUGGAGUUUGUUACGACUGUGGUGGGUUUAGUGGAAGCCAUUGCUCUACGGGGACGUUAGAUUCUGUUGCUUUACGAUUCUUGUUUGAGUUUCGUGGAGUAUUCCGUGUGCUCUGAGCGCAGUAAUUGUCUCAAUGCUUUUAGAAUGAAGCCCCAUCGUGUCCCGGAGCGACAUUUUUUCUCUCUUUCCUCAUCGGAGAUGAAAAUUGCGUCAAGUUUCGAAUGUGUCAUCUGUCUGGAUGGUUGUGUACUCAAUUUGGGAUUUCUUAGGUUUAUAGGGGCGUGAGGACUCGGGCGGAUGAUUCUUGAGCAUUGCCAUCAAAGUCCUCGGCCAAAGUGAACAUGGAGUUGCGCAAUCGGAAGUGAUAAGCAUUGUGAUGGACGUCGGUAUAGCAGAUGAUGACACACGAUGCCGCAAUAUGGGCUCAUCAAAGAAGGAUUCUCCAUUGCUCAUGUACAAGCGUCGCAAACGUGAUUCAACUCCUGUGAGAAGCUCCAGCCCCAUUUCAGACAAGACAACCGAAGUAGAAUACGAUGAGUCUCCGUCCGAGUCGGAGGGUCGAGCAUCCUCGCAGUUGAAGCUUCAAUCCUUGGAGGAAGUAGGUCCGACAGGAUGCAGCCAACGUGCAUUGCAGGUGGUUAAAACAAUCGCGGAUUCGAAGAGGACAUUUGCCCCACCUCCCGCCAAGCGCUGUCGACAGUACUUUCUAGACCUAGGGCAGGCCGACUUCACUCACACAACUUGUCGGGUUUGCGGAUUAGUGUAUGCUCGCGGGCUGGAAAGCGAUGAAAAGCUUCACAGUUCUUUUCAUCGGAGUCAGCUGAAGGGCAUCCAUUACAAGGGUUGGAGCAAUGAGAGAGUGGCUUAUCAGGUUUCAAGCGAGGGUGAUCGGGUUGUGUAUGUAUUGCCCGGCGAUCCUUCAGGUUAUCUGAACAAGGUUGGGGAGGUAGUAAAGGUCAUGGAGCAGGAGAUGGGGUUGUCCCCAGGUUGGCUGUGGCAGAAAAAGCAUUGCAAGGCCUAUCUAUUCAUCUCCGCAUCCAAGAAGAUUGUAGGCUGCGUUAUAGCGGAACGCAUCUCGUCCGCGUUCCCUAUCGUACCCCAUGAAUCGAAAGACUCGAAGCCUCUAGACACUCUGUUACAAUUUUCAGUUUCUAGAGGACACUCUGAAGAGUCACCUAUCUCAGAAGCUAAAACUAGGGACGAAAAGUCGAAGCCUUGUAAACAGCUUCUUUGGGGGGGCUGGAAGUUUAAUAGGGAAGUAGUGAACCGAAAAAAAGUACCCAAUGACAAUGUACAGGAACUGGGAAGGGCAAUCAUGUGCAGCAAGACUGAAGUCCCUGCAGUAUGUGGAGUGAGGGGAAUCUGGGUUUCUCGAACAGAGCGUAGGAAAGGCAUUGCAUCCCAUCUUCUAGAUGCCAUGAGGAAAACAUUUUGUGUUGGAGUGACGUUGGAGACCUCGCAGUGUGCAUUUUCCCAGCCUACUCCAGCUGGUGAAGCUUUUGCUGCGCGUUAUUGUGGCACUCCUUCCUUUCUUGUAUAUCAUACCUCGUGGUCGAUAACUUAGGUCUUCUAUAAGUUGCAAUUUGUGCACCCUUCUGAAGUUACUUCGGUGCAACACACAUGGCACACCAACCUGGUUCGCACCAUAGGUGCUGUUAGUGAUUUUUUUUGGAAAACCAUUUCUUGUAAAGAUUUGCAUCAUCGGCAUUGGAAUGUGAUAAAUGGAACGUUCUUGAAAUGUAGAACGGCUUUGUACCUUGUUUUA